AUGGAUAUAGAAGAAGAUCGUCACGAUUUGCAAGAGACACGAUCUCGUAAACAACUGGGUUUAGAACAUAGCGACGACGCUCGCCUUCGACCGUUUGUUAGUCACAAGUGCUGGGUGGAAAAAUGCUGCUUUUCACCCGAUUCUUCCCUUUUGGCUACCUGCUCCGGUGACCAGACAGUACAGAUAUGGAAGAUAAAAGGUGGCGAGCAAAAUACCGAUGCGAUAAAGACGUUCCCCCACGAUUCUAUGGUAUGGUGCUGUGAUUUCAGUCCGGAUGGCGGCAGCAUCUGUACGUGUUGUAGCAGUGGCAGCGUUCACGUCUGGGACAUUGGAACACAAUCGUGCCGUCAUACAUUCACUGGGAAGUCAGGACCCGUGUUCAGUUGCAAGUUUGGAAGAGAUGCUAACGAGGUAUUUUCGGCAGGGGCGGACAAAGUGGUGACAUUGCUGUCCUUCGCUGCGGGAAAAGCAGAAGUUAUCCGCGUUUUUAGGGGCCACACGAACGUCAUUGACGACGUUGCCAUCUCCCCUAGCCGAGAUAUCAUCGCAUCCGCCUCCAAAGACAGGACCGUACGACUGUGGUUUUUCAGAACUGCCACAUAUAAUGAUUCUGGGAGGAUCAAAACGAGAACGUUGAGGGGUCAUACUCACUGGGUGACGUCAUGCAUAUUUUCUGGCGAUGGAACUUUAUUGGCCAGCACGUCCCUUGAUCGGACCGUUCGACUUUGGCACGUCGGGAAGAUAAAAAUUGUACACGUUUUGAAAGGUCACUCGUGUAUUGCAUGGAGCUGCAGUUUUGUUAGUAUUGGGCAAACACAAAUACUUAUGUCGUGUGCAAGCGACAAAACAGUAAGAUACUGGGAUCAGACCACCGGGAAAGAAGUUGGUUGUGAGAGGGACAUUGGCGCCGAGAUGUCGAGUGACACCCAUGGCAAUCAGUUACUUACGUGCGCCAGUAGUAGGGAUAACAGACAUAUUGCAGUCGGGGACUAUGAGGGCAGGGUGUUCAUGGGGAAUCUGCAGGAAAUGUUUCCAGGUGUCGGCGUCGACGAGGAAGUACAAGAAGCAGCCAGUGAUAAACUCAGAAAAAAUGUCCAAUGA